UGUCCACUGUUCCUUGACUUACACUCGGGCCAUUCUUGCUUUACCCAUUAUUGCAUGGGCCCUCCGCUACAGUUCUACAUUCCAUAGUUCCACAUCUAUAUAACCUUCAUGGAUUCUCUGAUACCGACAUCAGACCUUUCCCAUCUCUGUAAAUCAAACCUUCCCCGCUUAUCUCAAUCAGACAUGUUCUUCCCUCCCCCCAUCACAGUUGACCUUCCACAGUUGCCUUUGGAAAACAUGGAGGAACUCGCGGCCAGCCGUCUGUCCUGGUUUGCGGGAUAUGACAUUGAGAAACACGAAUGGAUUACAUUCCAGGGCUUGCAUUGCGAUGAAUCUGCUUACGAUAAAGAUGCAUGGAGAAAGCUGGUCAAGGACCAACCGACUAAGGAUCUCAUAGGAUCCAUAUUGGAUACCAUUGUAUCUUCUCAUGACAGCCCACAGCCAGAGAAAGUUCGGCAAGGCAUGAAUAUCCUGCUGAAAGGGGCCCUAGGAACGGGCAAAAAGACAGUUGCGCAUGCUAUCUGCAACAUGCUCAAACGCCCAAUGCUUGGCAUUCGGGCGAAUGACAUCCCACUGACAUGCGACAAUGUGCAACCUUGGGCCGCCAAACUAGCAUCGCUUGCAAUAGAAUGGAAUGCGAUAGUGAUCGUAGACUGCGGGGAUUAUUUCAUGAAUUCUGAAUGUGCAGGGGGUGAAGAACGCAUCAAUUUGAUGGUUCAAGAAUUUGAAUCGCCCGGAUGUAUCUGUCUGUGGCCUGCGGUGUUGACGGACGAGCAGCAGGCACUACUUAGGCCGUUCUCGGCCACCAUCAGAUUUCCCGAUCUCGAUCUGGCAGCCCGUCGCCGACGUUGGCUACAACUCUUUGGCCGAGAUGACCUGGCGGAAGCUAUCUCUAGCGGCAAGCACGCGUCCGUCCCUAGCGUGAGGGACACGGAAGCGUUGACCUUCCUUCGGGAGAUUGAGAAAAUCUCUUGGUACGAACUCGAUGGAGCUGAUAUUGAAAAUUUCAUGGAUUUGGCACGAAGCUUGUCUGGAGGACGAGAUCCAACCCCCCAUGACGUAAAGGAGUAUGUCAAGGUCUGGGGUGUGCCCCUUUCUGUACGGAGCAAGGUGGCGCGGUUUUUCGCACUCCGUGACAUGCAUCCGCCCCACUUGGCGCGUGAGCACUGAGGAACUAAGUUCUGGUGAAGAUCAAGUUGUACUUGUUUGAAAUAUCUGCUUGCUGGCUUGUACUCUGUAGUUUAUGGCUCAUGAGAUGUGAGAUUCCUAUUGUAACUAUAUAUUUAUCAUUGUGCAUAUGAAAUACCUAUGUCGGAG